UCUCUCUCUCUCUCUCUCUCUCUCUCUCUCUCUCUCUCCACAUUUCUACUUCAUCUCUGCAUACAUCAAAGAUUCAAAAGAUGAUGAAAGAAAUGUGGAAUGGCCCACCUGGUUUCAGACCCACAAAGUCCGCGCCUUCUUCUCCAGCAAAGCCUCUAGGGGUCACCAGAACUCGCUCCGAGUCCUUCCAUAUCACCCACAAAGUCCCAAUAGGUGACUCACCAUAUGUCAGAGCCAAAAAUGUUCAGUUGGUGGAGAAGGAUCCGGAAAAGGCAAUACCGCUGUUUUGGGCGGCGAUUAAUGCCGGGGACAGAGUGGAUAGUGCUCUGAAAGAUAUGGCCAUUGUAAUGAAGCAACAGAACAGGGCUGAAGAAGCCAUUGAGGCCAUUAAGUCGUUGAGAAGUCGGUGUUCCGAUCAAGCCCAAGAGUCUCUUGAUAACAUCCUCUUGGAUCUUUACAAGAGAUGUGGGAGAUUAGAUGAUCAGAUAGCACUGUUGAGGCACAAAUUGUUCUUGAUUCAACAAGGGAUGGCUUUCAAUGGGAAGCGCACAAAGACAGCCCGAUCCCAAGGGAAGAAAUUUCAAGUCUCUGUAGAGCAAGAAGCCACUAGAUUACUGGGGAACUUGGGGUGGGCAUUGAUGCAGCAGAACAACUACAUCGAAGCGGAAGACGCUUACCGGAGGGCACUGUUGAUUUCACCAGACAAUAACAAGAUGUGCAAUCUGGGUAUCUGUUUGAUGAAGCAAGGGAGGAUUUCGGAGGCGAAAGAGACUCUUAGGAGAGUGAAACCGGCUGUUUUGGAUGGGCCAAGAGGUGUGGACUCCCACCUCAAGGCCUAUGAGAGAGCCCAACAAAUGCUUUUGGACUUGGAGUCUGAAAUGAUGAAGAAAGGCGGUGAUGAUCGCGUUGAACAGAGUAAAUUGUUUGAUAUCUUGCUCGGUUCUUCCUCCAUUUGGCAGCCUCAACCUUGUAGAGAACACACAUCUUCUAACUCAUCAUUCAAGCCCCAAAGUGAAUUUGCUGAUGAGAAUGUCAAUUCAAACAUAAUGCCGAAUCCGACGGUGGGUUUUCCGGUUCAAAAGAGUGUCAAAUCACUGGUUUUUCCUCAAGGAAACAACAACUACUACAACUCACUGAAUAUCGACGCCCCUCCAUUUUAUUCAUCGAAAUUUGUCAAGGAUCCAGUGGAGAGCCAGUUUCAUGAGACACUGAAGAGAACUAGGUCUGGAAAUGCCGCUAACUCGAUGAGAACAAAGGAAAUGGGGGAGUUAUGGAAGCCUUUUGUGGAGGGGCCUGAGAACAAGACAAGGAGAAAGUCGAUUUCACCGGAGGAUAAGAAGGCGGGAGAGAGGUGGGCGGAGGUGCUGCCGGACAGUAAGGAUUUUGAAGAGGCUAUCUUGGCAGCGGUUUUGGGUUCAGGUAACGAAACGGAGAAGGCGGUGGAAAUGAGCAGUAGUAAGACUGGAAUUGUUCAGCGAAAGAUCGAUAAGAGGCUGAGGGUUUUCCAGGAUAUAACACUGUCUUUGAGUCCGAGGGCCUGACUCCACUAAUUUGAUGUUCUAAUUUAUUUAUAAUAGUUUCAGGUUGGAGAUGCACUUGUUCUCCUCAAGUUCUAUUAUUCUCAGCCUAGGUAGGUAGCUUAGGCAGAGCUUAUCCAAUCAUUAGAGUUAACAUUUCACUGUUAUUUAUUCAUGUUUGUUUCACCAAAGGCAUCUGUGAUAAUUAUUUGAAACAUGACACUUUGAUCAAUAAAAGACCCUUUGCAGCGACCAAAGUGAAUGCAAAUUUUCA